UACAAAAAAUCUUCGAAAAUUCAUAGUAAGCCUACCACUCGAAGGAUGCCCGCAUGGCACACCACAGUAAAACAAUGACUGGAUGCAUGCUGAGUAGCGUUGAAGAGUCGGGAGAUGACGUAAAUUCUGUCAGCAAUCUACCAGUCAUUCUCAAUAUAAGCGAUUUGAUCCUCAGACUGAAGAACUUCCGCCGCGGUAAGCAGCAACGCCUCCCUUUGAUCGAGUCGGAGGUGAGCAAGCUGUGUGGCCUGGCCAGAGAUCUUUUCCUGGAUGAACCCAUGAUGCUGGAGGUGUCGGCUCCCAUAAGGGUGGUGGGUGACAUACAUGGCCAGUACCCUGAUCUGCUUCGAAUUCUUGACCACUGUGGAUAUCCUCCGCAAACGAGUUACCUCUUUCUCGGGGAUUACGUCGACCGGGGGAAGAAUUCUGUGGAGACGAUCACCCUGCUAUUGGCCCUGCGCGUAAAAUUCCCGAAACACUUUCAUCUGCUGCGUGGUAACCACGAAUCCCAGUCGGUCAACAAAGUUUACGGCUUCUUCGACGAGUGUAAGCGACGCUACACGAUCAAGAUGUGGAAGACCUUCGUCGACUGCUACAACUGCAUGCCCGUGGCGGCGACCAUUUCCAGACGCAUCUUCUGCUGCCACGGCGGCCUGAGCCCCCAGCUGAAUAAACUCAGCGAUAUCGACUCGAUCCCCCGGCCAACCGAUGUACCCGAGACGGGUCUGCUCUGCGACCUGCUAUGGAGUGACCCGGAUAAGUCUGGCUUCGGUUGGACGCCGAGCGAUCGAGGUGUGAGUUACCUCUUCGGACGCGAUGUCCUUGAAAAGUUCCUGCAGAAGUUUAACUUCGACUUGGUCUGUCGUGCCCACCAGGUUGUGGAGGACGGUUACGAGUUCUUUGCCAAGCGCCAGUUGGUCACCGUCUUCUCGGCACCGAACUACUGUGGAAUGUACGACAACGCUGGGGCAUCAAUGGGCGUGGACAAGGACCUGGUAAUCUCUUUCGAUGUGCAUCGGCCUGAUAAUCGGAAAGCAAUUCUGAAAAAGGUUAGCGUUGUCCAGGCUGAUUGAAGGAAAGACCCUUCGAAAUUUUUCAGAAUUCAUAUCUGGUGAUAUUCAAGAUCAGUUUCACUGAUCGCUUGGAAAAAUAAAUGUAGUUACAAAAUUCAG